GAAGCCGUCAUUGUGAAAACAAGGAUGAACAGCAUAAGACAGGUGCCCACACGGGUGAAAAGCAGGCGGACCGAGGCCAACCUCGGAGCGGAGAGGGAGCAUUUUGACAAGCAGCAGCUGAGCAGCAUCAGCAAAGCCAUCAACUCCAGUGAGACGCCUGUGAAGGAGAAACAUGCACGACGAAUCAUCCUGGGGACUCACAGGGAGAAGGGAGCCUACACCUUCUGGUCAUACGCUCUGGGCUUCCCUCUGGCCAGCAGCUCCAUCCUCAGCUGGAAGUUCUGCCACGUACUGCACAAAGUCCUGCGGGAUGGCCACCGCAAUGUUCUACAAGACUGCAUGAGACAUCACGGUUCUCUAGUUGAAAUUGGGAAACUAUGGGGCAACCUCCAUGACAAAUAUGGACAGCUGGUGGCUCUGUAUACCAGGCUGCUGUGUACGAAAUUGGAGUUUCAUGUCAAGCAUUCAGAAAUCCCACCGAACCUGGAGGCCACAGAUGAAGUCCUGGAGCGCACUGCAGGGACAGACAUUAAUAAUGUGUUCCAGCUCACAGUGGAGGUGUUCGAUUACUUGGACGCAGAGCUGAGGCUGGCUGAGACAGUGAUCCGACAGCUCAACACUUCCAUCGCCAUCUCCACUCUCACAUCAGGCCAGUGUCGCCUGGCUCCGCUUAUCCAAGUUAUCCAGGACUGUAGUCACCUCUACCACUUCACCGUCAAGCUGCUGUUCAAGCUGCACGCCUGUCUCCCUGCUGAUACCCUACAAGGUCACCGUGAACGUUUCCACGACCAGUUCCACAGCCUUAAGACCUUCUUCAAUAAAGCCAGAGACAUGUUGUACUUCAAGAGACUGAUCCAGAUCCCUAAACUGCCUGAUUCCCCACCAAACUUCCUGCACGCAGCUUCACUGGCCAAGCAUGUGAAGCCAGUGGUGGUCAUCCCAGACGAGGAUGAACCAGAGCAACAAGACGACGACGACGAUGACCCAGAGCCGCUCAUCGAGGUCAGCGAUGUGUCAACAUCCAGCGUACAGGCACAGCCACAGCAACUUGACAUAUUUGAUCAGACAUUUGGACCUCCCAAUGGAGGUUUCGAUGACAGGGAUCUCCAGAUCGAGAGCCUGAAGCGUGACCUUGAGUUGUUGAGAGCAGAGCUCGAGAGAGUCAAAGCAGAGGCUCAACGCUACAUCACACAGCUCAAGUCCCAGAUCAACAGUUUGGAGGCAGAGCUAGAAGAACAACGUGCACAGAAACAACGUGCUCUUGUGGAAAAUGAGCAGCUGCGCAUGGAGCUGGAGGCCAUGCGCCGCAGAAACACAGAUCAUGAGAGCUUACAGACCACCUUCAUUGAGGCGGAGAAAAGAGCGCAGGCCACCGAGCAAAGGUACAAUAAGCUGAAGGACAAGCACUCAGAGCUGGUGGCCAGUCAUGCUGAACUACUCCGGAAGAGUGCAGACACUGUGAAGAUGCUGUCAGCGACCCAGCAGACCCAGGAAGAAGUGGAGAGGACCAAACAGCAGCUGUCGUUUGAGGUUGAUAGGAUAAAACAGGAAGCUGACAUGAAGCUGGAAGAGCAGAAGUUUGAGAUGGAGAGGCUGAAGAGAGAGCUGGAGGAGAAGAUGGCAGAAAUGAUGCGCAUCAAGGGGACUCUGCAGAGCAGCGAGAAGACAUCGGAGCAAAUGAACAGCUCAAUGACGGCUCUGCAGGCGGAGAAGGAGCGUCUGAUGCGAUCUGUGAGCGAGAAGGAGGCGGAGCUGUCGUCUCUGCGGCAGGCUGCGCAGGUGCAGCAGUCAUCACUUCAGCAGGAGCGAGAGAGGAGCAGCAGGGAGCUGGGAGAGCUGCAGGGCAAACUGCAGGAGAAGACGAGUCAUGAGGAGCAGAUGAAGCAGAAGCUUCUGGAGGAGCAGUUUGCUCUGCUGCAGGGUACCAUCACAGAGGCUGAGAACAUCAUCCAAGAUGCUGUUUCUAAGCUGGAUGAUCCCCUCCAUAUACGCUGCACUAGCUCUCCAGAUUACCUCAUAAGUCGGGCGGAGGCCACGCUCGGCUCCAUCGACAAAGUGAAAAAAGGCCAUGCAGAUUAUCUCCAUAACAUGGGGGAUGCUGGAGGGCUGCUUAGGGCUCUGACCCAGUUCUCCCACUUGGCUGCGGAUACAAUCAUUAACGGCAGCGCUACAGCACACAUGGCCCCCACUGACCAUGCAGACCGACUGACAGAGAACUGCAGGGGCUGUGCAACUGAGAGUCUGCAGUACUUGAAGGACCUUAAGUCCAAGACCACCCUCCAGAGGGCAGACCCAGCCUCCAUUCGCAUAAUUGUUCAAAAGAUCCUGCACUUGGGCCAGGAGCUGCGGCCGAAAAGCAUGGACAUUCGUCAGGAUGAGCUGGGAGAUCUGGUCGACAAAGAAAUGGCUGCAACAUCAGCAGCUAUUGAGGAGGCAGUCCGUAGGAUUGAUGAAAUGAUGAAUCAGGCUCGAAAGGACACAUCAGGAGUGAAACUGGAGGUCAAUGAGAGAAUCCUUUACAGCUGCACAGACCUGAUGAAGGCCAUCCGCAUGCUAAUUAUAGCAUCUACAGAUUUGCAAAAGGAGAUCGUUGAGAGUGGGAGGGGUGCAGCCACCAUUAAAGAGUUCUACGCCAGAAACUCCCGCUGGACUGAGGGACUCAUCUCUGCUGCCAAGGCUGUGGGCUGGGGAGCCACAGAGAUGGUAGAGUCUGCUGAUAAGGUGGUGCUGCACACAGGCAAAUAUGAGGAGUUGAUCGUCUGCUCUCAUGAGAUUGCUGCCAGCACAGCACAGCUGGUCGCCGCUUCAAAGGUUAAGGCAGACCGCAACAGUAAGAGGCUGUCAGUUCUCCAACAGGCCUCUCGCCAUGUGAAUGAAAUGGCAGCUAAUGUAGUGGCCUCAACAAAGACGGGCCAGGAGAACCUGGAGGAAAAAGAUACCAUGGACUUCUCUGGGAUGUCCCUCAUCAAGCUAAGAAAAGAAGAAAUGGAGUCACAGGUGAAGGUGCUGGAAUUAGAAAGUCAAUUAGAGAACGAGCGACUGCGUUUGGGCGAGCUGAGGAAGAAGCACUAUGACUUGGCUGGAGUUCCUCUAGAGCAGGUUUCUGAGGGGAACGGCGAAGCCUCCUCGCUGGUCCAUCCUGUAACUAUGUCACCGAAACCCAGCAAACCUGCUCUCAUGAAGAAACCUGCGUUGGCCCAGAAACCCCACAUUCUACCCAAAUUUAAGUAAAUGCCUGAGCAGAGGAUGAUAAUGCUCCGCUACUGGAUGUUUGGACUGACCAGAGAAAGAUCGCCUUUUUGUGGACAUACAGUUCCUUUAAGUUGCAUGCUGACAAUCCUCUGCCUCAUCCUGCAUCUCGCUGUUCAUCCCUCCUUUGUUUUUUCUUUUUCUUUAUGCCAAAAUGGACCAGAAGCCUGAUUUUUUUUUUUUUUUUUUUAACCUGCGAUGCCUGGAAGGGAUAUGCUGCC